AUUUCACAGCUUGAUGCAUUUAACGGUCUGGUUCCAGCCUCAGAGAGCAGCUGGAUCUGAAAGCACAGAAGGAAAAACAAACCCAGGAAGCCUGUUAAACUGACAGCAAUUCAGAGGCAAAAACCCAACAAAAUGUCUACUGGGGAGAACCCAAAAACCCAACAAAAUGUCUGCUGCAAUCCCUUCAUUCCCAGAACAAAUUGUGCCAGUUAGAACGUUCCAAACGGAGACACCUCCCCAUCCAGCAAAGCACUUCAGCCUCUGCUUAGUGAAAAGUGAUCGCUCUGUAAAAGUGAAAUAUUAUUGAUUUGAAGCAUGUUGGGAGUAGCUCCGGUCCAGUCACAGUGUUGCCAACUCCCAUGAUUUUUGUCAUAAGUCUCAGGAUAAUUAUUGUUUUCCUUAAAGCCCCAGCUCCUGGAGUCAGGUGGAGAUGUGAUGAUUUCAGCCUUCAUUCUUAAAGAAAAAUGCCCAGAGCCCCCGUCAUGGACCAGGACCGCACUACGCCAGGCACUACAAACCCACAGUCCCUGCCCCACACAGCUUCCAGGAUAUACAACACGACAGAUGUGGGGCACAAGGAACCAGUGAGACAAUACUGAGCAGCAUGAGAGCCAGAGGACACUGCACACCAGUUUAACUACCAAAUCCAGACUGGCCCCAUACUGAUGGACAACCCUGCAUGGAAUGUAACUCUUCAGUCUGAAUGUGCAAAUCUUCCUCCUGACGCUACGCCUCCCUCUGGCCUGGCAUGGGCUAUGCCUGCGCUACUCACGCCCCAUCUCCUUUGCGUCUGUCUCCACUAGAGCAGCAGCUGCUCUGGGAAGGAAAGGCCAGAGCGGCAUGAAGCCUGUGGCAGUCCCAGCAGGCGGCCUGGAUUCCCCACCAGCUGCUGAACCUGGGAGCAAACAUCCGCGUCCUGUGGGAUGGGGAAUGGCUGGUGGGGACUCUGCUCAGGCUCCAGUCACAUUUGACGACGUCGCUGUCUAUUUCUCCGCGGAGGAGUGGGCGGAGCUAGCGGAGUGGCAGAAGGAGCUGUACAAGAACGUGAUGAGGGACAACUACGAGGCUGUGAUCUCCCUGGGCUGUGCUGCUGCCAAACCGGACAUUAUAUCCCAGCUGGAGCGAGGGGAAGAGCCAUGUGUCAGCGCUCACCAGGACUCCAGGGACAGACACACCUCCGCAAAUCCAUCAUCUGCUUACACAGCUCUGAAUAUGGCCUUCACAUCCUCACCACCUGGGCUCUCUCCUCCACCCCAAUCGUCUGAUCCCUCCUCCCACAAGGUGGACCUCUCUCCAUCCCCUGUGCAUUCCACCAGCCUGUGGAUUUGGGAGGCACACUUAGGGCGCACAGACCAGGAAGAGAACAGCAUGGGCAUUGCCGAAUGCAUAGAGAGGCCCAGCAGUAGGCCUCCAUAUGCACUCAGUGGGGCAGCCCAUGGUCAAGUGGAGAGUGAGGAGAAGGCACUGGACAGGGUGUUUUGCUCACCUCCAGCCUUGCCUGGCCUACAUCCACAUUCUGAGCAGAGCUAUGUACCUGGGCAAGUCCAGACAUUUGAAUCUACUUCUCACACAAAUCGAGGAUCUGAGAAUAAUACACUUAUGUUCAGAGCACAGAGAACUGAGCAUCCUGUAACUGAGCAGAAACCUGCCUCUGCAAACAGGCUGGAGAAAGAAUUGGGUAUCAUCAUCCAGGAGAUGCAGACAGCAAGAGUCCACCUGGCUAGCAUAGCCGGCUCUCUGCUGGCUUUGUCCUCAGCAUUCCUGCCAGCUCCUGUGGAUGGCACAGGUCCAUAGGAGAUCAUCUCGGAGCAGCAUAUUCUCUUAGAAACCUCUUCUGUGUUCUCACACUCAAAGCUGUGGAACAGAGAAACAACCACUCCCUUCUUUAUUUUCUCUAAAAGCAUGUGUUCUGUUACUAAUACUUCAUGUCUUUAUUUAAAAAAAAAUGCAUAAAAAUGUAUUUUUCAUUUUAAAAAGCCUGUUAAUGUAUUUGUCUUAACAUUUUAUUUCUCUGUUUACUAAACUUUAUUUAAAAGGCC